UUCAUUUCCCUCAUACCUCAGGCUCUCCAUCUCCCCAACCUUUACCAUCCGCCCCGGAAAAACCGGCCUUCCGCACCACCCAAUCCCCUCCCACUCCCGAACAGAAAGUCUUCCCUGGACGCGGCCGACACGCCUACUUGACUAGAGGAACGAUAGACUCCACAGCAAAUUAUAACACGCUCCCACCUACCUCCAUGCGACUACUUCUAUCAAACAGUGGGCUGUUUUGAUUGCUCUCUGUCGACCUUGUCCCACAUCUUUUUUUGUUUUUAAACCCGAUGCUGCUGGAGGAGUUUACAUGGCUGGGUCCCAUAGGAGUCCACUGAAUGAUCAGUGGAGAGGUGCCAGCGACCCUAGAGAGCAGAGGAAUCGGGAUAGGCACAGGCCGCGUGGUUCUUACCAUGACCGAGAGAGAGACACAUUUCGCGACAGAGGCCGUGGUCGCCGACCAAAAGACGGCAGAUCCGAUCACGCCUUACGGUCGCCGCCACCGCGUCCUUUGCCCCCAUUCGACAACGAUCAACCCCUUCCACCACGACGUGAAUUUUCCCCCGGCGCCGCAUCAGCCCGUGGCUCUCCUGGUCGCCAUCGUCCCUUUACCCAUGCCGAACACUCGGAGAUGGGUUCGCGUCCUUCUCCCGAGUUUGAGAGAAACUAUCUAAGAGACGCUUCUCCGUCGGCACCUCCUUCAAAACGGAAGAGGACACGGAGUCCCUCCCCCAACCCUUAUCGCCACCAUCCUCACUACCAACCGCAUCGUCGCCCCCCGUUCAGAGGUGAACGAAGGGGCCGAUUCCCAGGCCGUGGAAGGUCUCGAGGGGAUCCCCGACGAGGGCGAGAUCGGCGCGGGGGUCGUCGGAACUCAUCCCUCCAACGGCGCUCUCGGUCUCCUGUCCGUGGUGCCAAGUCAUAUGCGUACCCUCGUCGGCGAUUUCACAGUCCUUACCGGGAAGGUGAUGCUGAAGAAGGGUCUCGUUACCGAUCUAUGUCCCGGGACUCUUUCCGAUCGGAUGACUCUAGGUACUCGGUAAUAUCACGCAGGGACUCGAGAGGUGAUCCCUCCAUGCAUUCGAACUACCCCGUCCGAUCCACGGGGGGUUCCUCAGUCAGAUCGCUGACACCACCACCUCGUCGUCGCAUGUCGGGAUUCGAUGCGGAUAAUGCUAGUAUUUCUGGCGAUGGAGAUGCAAUCGAUGACUCCUUUUCGAGGCAGGAAAUGCACGGUCCUGAAGGACAUGGCCACCAUCCCCGAUCCUCUCGGACGCAUGCAGACCCUGGACGAUAUUCGAAAUCCCCGCGUUAUUCUCCCACCAACUCAAAUUACGGCUCUCCGCAGCCUCCCUAUCACGAACCAGCUGGUAAUUCCCCCCCAUAUUGGCAGGAUAAUCAUGCGGCAAAUAAACCCCAGAGCCAUAACUAUAAACAUCAAAGCUCGUCAAACUCAUACUCGGGUCCGUCACAUCGCCCUGGCUCGGGGUACCGUGGAGGCUAUCAAAGCCAUGGGGGCGACCGUCGAUUCUCUGGUCCUGGCCCACCAGGUUAUAGCAACGGACCGUCAUCGCGUGGUCGGGGUGGCUUCCAUAGGGGUGGUCGAGGAGGUCCUCGCAGUCCACGCAUGGGCCACCGUUCUUCACUAAGUCCUCCGCCCCCGCCUCCGGCUCCCGCAGGUGACGAGCUGCCUUAUAGCCCCGACGAACGUGAGCUCGCACUCAAACCUUUCAAACAGUUCUUCGAACGCGAAGGGGAAGGGCCAAGACCGGCAUCAGAGAAUGGUGAUUCUGAGAGACCUGCGCCGGCUGCACAGCAGCAGCAACCCGAUACAUCAGCGGCACCGAACAAAGGGGGCAAAAUCAGCUUUGCCAUCAAGCCGAAGCCGAACACAGCAUCUGCCCCCAAGCCCGUACCUGAUCUGGCCCAGAGGAUGCUCGCGCGAGAGCCACCAUCGCGGGCUGCUGAACCUCCUCGCAGCAGGAUGCCCAUGGGGCCGCCGCCCAAAUUCAGGCCCGAUCCACGAUCGGAGCGCCGCGAACGCGACCGAGAUAGGGAGUGGGACGCGAAGCGAGACAGAGACCGCGAGAAGGGGAGAAAUGACCGCCGAGACUUUCGUGAUUCGCGCGGUUUCCGUGAGUUUCGGGGUGGGCGUGAUGCGCCGAGAGGUGGGCGUGAUUCUCGGAGAGAGGAUCGUCGGUUCGAUAAUCGCCACGAUAGACGACGCGGUGGUGACCGCCGACCCGACUACCGUCCCGAACGUUCUCCAGAGCCGCCGAAACAGCCUAAGAUCCUCACUCGACCCAAGCCGCGCCCUACUCUGCCUGAAGAAUUCGCCAAGUCUGAUUCUGUCUAUUUCCGGAAGCCUGGAAAUGAGUCGGUGAUCGGCGCUGGUACCUACGGAAAGGUCUUCAAGGCGAUCCAUGUCUAUACCGAACAGAAGGUGGCCCUGAAGAAGAUCCGGAUGGAAGGCGAAAAGGACGGAUUUCCUGUGACCGCCGUCCGCGAGAUCAAGUUGCUUCAGCACCUCCGCAGCGACAACGUGGUCAGUCUGCUGGAGGUCAUGGUUGAGAGGAAUGAGUGCUUCAUGGUGUUUGAAUAUCUCUCCCACGAUCUCACUGGUCUCAUCAACCACCCAACCUUUGCCCUGACGGCCGCUCACAAGAAGGACCUGGCGAAACAGAUGUUUGCGGGGCUGAAUUACCUCCACCACCGGGGCAUCCUCCAUCGCGACAUCAAAGCCGCCAACAUCCUAAUCAGCAACCGAGGGCAAUUGAAGUACGCCGACUUCGGAUUAGCCCGGUUCUUCUCCAAGAGCCGCCAGGCCGACUACACGAAUCGCGUGAUCACCAUAUGGUACCGGCCACCCGAGCUCCUUCUCGGCGAAACUCGGUACGGCCCCGCCGUGGAUGUCUGGAGUGCAGCCUGCGUGUACGUCGAGAUGUUCACGAAAAAGGCCGUUUUCCCCGGCGAAGGCGGGGAGAUCAGCCAACUGGACAAGCUGUACAACUCGCUCGGGACACCGACUCGGGCCGAGUGGCCCGAUCUCGUGGAGAUGCCGUGGUUCGAGCUGAUGCGGCCGACGGAGCGCAAGAAGCGGGUUUUCGAAGAAACGUACCGCGAGGUUCUGUCGCCUGCCGCGUUGGACAUGGUGUCGCAGGUGUUUCAGUACGAUCCUGCCAAACGGCCGACUGCGGAGCAAGUCCUUCAACACCCGUACUUUAUGUCGGAAGAGCCCCAGCCCCAGCAGGCUAUUGAGUUGGAAAACAUCGUGGGCGACUGGCACGAGUUCGAGUCCAAGGCACUGCGCAAGGAAAAGGACAAGGAGCGCCGAGCGGAAUACCAGCGGGACAAGGAGAAGCGCAAGGCGGGUCUGUUGGUCCCGGCGAGUGAACGCGAGAUGAAGCGUGCGAGGCCGGAGGAUUCGUCUGUUAUGCCGUAGACCCUGACCCUGGCCUUCUAUAAUUGGCAUCACAUUUUCUUCAUCACAUUUUCUUCAGUCUUCAAUUUCAAAAGCGUGGUACGGGUGCAUUAUGGAGCUUCUAGCCUGACACAUCGGAUAUCUUUGGGAUGCCCUAUGAUGGGAUAGGCCUCUUGGACAUUACGUUUACGUCUAGCACAUUUGUCACAAUGGACGAUCUACGCAUAGGAUGAAUCUUUGCAGCGCAGAAGCAGAGUUGCAUUUGAGGGUAUUAUUUGCG